AUGGGGAGUCCGGCUUGGCCCGUGAAGUUCCAUGGAAACGUCUACGUUGACGAUGCUGCUCGGGAUCAUAUCAGCGCGGUUAUCCUGGCCUUCUCCCCCGCGGGUCGUGGGGUCCGCCAAGUUCAAUGCGGGUUCGCCCGCCGCAGUCUCGGCAUGUUUUCUCGAUCGUCGGAGUUCUCGUCAGCGGAACUCGGCCUCGCCGAGAUCUCCUGGGCGCUAUCGGUGGUGCGCAACAACUGCAGGCCCGCCCGUCAUCCGGAGCAGUCGUUUGGCAUGGAGUGGUCACCCGGCAAGUCCCGAGCCCUGAGACAGCGCCCCGGCGCCAAAAUGUGCACGCACGUGGGUGGGGAGGCCUCCGACGGCGUGGCCUUGCUGAGCGGUGCGCCGUCAGCGCCCCCGGCCGCGGCGGGCAUCGAGUGGCUCUCGGGCCCUGGCGACGAGGAGGAGUUCGCGGGGGGCGAGGGCGACGCCGAGGACGAGGCGGCUUGGUUCGCCGCCAGGGAGGUCGCCGUCGUGCCGCCCGGCGCGGCCGCGCGAGGGCUCCGGCAGCCAGCUGGGGCGGAGGAGGCGUUGCUCGUGCAAGCCGGGAGGUCGCCCGGCGAGCCAGGCGGCUCCCCGCGUCCUCGCUGGAUGGCCGUGCGCCACGCGGUGGUUUCCGCAGUGGCGCUCGGGAGCGCGCUGCUGCUCGCCGUGUACCUCAGGACCUUGGUGAGCGACGUGGUGCCCACGAAGGGCAAGGACAGGGAGGCAAGAGGAAAGAACGCGGGCAGGCGCCGCGCGAGCGCCGCGGAUGGCGGCGGCCCGCCCAGGCUCGGCGGGGGCGCCGCGCGCGCGGGGCCGCGCCGCCUGAGCUGCGGCGGGGCGCGCGCCGCCGCCGGGCGGCGCGACGCCCACGUCAGCUGGCACACGCUCGCCAUCCUGGCAGCCCUCUGUUGGGCAGUCCAGCCACGAGGUGCGAGCGCAUCGUUGACGAACAGCUUCGUGGAGGGCCCGAGGGUGGAUAGCGCAGUGUUCCUUGACUACUGUGACUCGAGCAUUGUCACCUUGAGUGCCUCGCUCGCGGCGUGCGAUGCGGACGCGAGCUGCGCCUCCGUCAUGGCGUACGACUGUGUGUCGUUCCUCACGUGUUGGAGCAGCUCCCUGGUGUCGGAGAUAGCUCUUGCGGGCUCAGGGACGCAGUCUUGCACAUGGAUCAAAGGCGAGGUCCCCACUUCAACAUCGACAGUGACGUCGGCCACCUCCACAUCGUCAAGCAUGACGUCCACGUCGUUGAGUACGCUGAGUUCGUCUGGCACGUCUCUCUCGACCAGUGCAACGGCCAUGACCGUGACCACCACCACCUUGUUUAAUGGCAUCGUCUUCGUGCCAGGCCCUUGGGUGGACAAUGCCGCCUUUGUGGGCCACUGUGAUGCCGUGUUCGGCACGGUGCAGCAGGCGCAGGCGCGCUGUCUCGCCAUGCCAGGCUGCGGGGUGCUGCACGCCUACGGGUGCCAGGACUGGGCCUGGGUCGCCUGCGACGGGGCCCUGGAGGACAUCAUGGGCGCGGGCGAUGGGACCAAGGCCUGCACGAUGGUGGACUCGAGGCUGAUCACAUCAACCACCACUAUGGGAGAGACUGGCGCUACUCUCACCACCGGCAGCACGACGGUCACCAGCUUCAGCGCGACUUCCACCAGCACGAGUGCCAGCUCUCUCAGCGGAACCACCAGCACGUCGGCAUCGAGCACGAGUGCCACGGCCACCAGUUCGAGCGAGACUUUCACCACUGGCACGAGCACCAGUACUAUCAGCGAGACCACCAGCACGUCGGUCACCACUAUCAGCGCCACAGUCACAAUCACGAGCGAUACUGCGUCCACCACCACGACUGCCAGCACUCUCAGCGGAACCACCAGUACGUCGGCAUCGAGCACGAGUGCAACGGCCACCAGUGUGAGCGGGACUUUCACCACUGGCACGAGCACCAGUACUAUCAGCGAGACCACCAGCACGUCGGUCACCACUAUCAGCGCCACAGUCACAAUCACGAGCGAUACUGCGUCCACCACCACGACUGCCAGCACUCUCAGCGGAACCACCAGUACGUCGGCAUCGAGCACGAGUGCAACGGCCACCAGUGUGAGCGGGACUUCCACCACUAGCACGACCACCAGCACUCUCAGCGAGACCACCAGCACGUCGAUCACCGCUACCAGCGUCACAGUCACAAUCACGAGCGAUACUGCGUCCACCACCACGACUGCCAGCACUCUCAGCGGAACCACAAGCACGUCGGCAUCGAGCACGAGUGCCACGGCCACCAGUGUGAGCGGGACUUUCACCACUGGCACGAGCACCAGUACUGUUAGCGAGACCACCAGCACGUCGGUCACCACUAUCAGCGCCACAGUCACAAUCACGAGCGAUACUGCGUCCACCACCACGACUGCCAGCACUCUCAGCGGAACCACAAGCACGUCGGCAUCGAGCACGAGUGCCACGGCCACCAGUGUGAGCGGGACUUUCACCACUAGCACGACCAUCAGCACUCUCAGCGAGACCACCAGCACGUCGAUCACCGCUACCAGCGUCACAGUCACAAUCACGAGCGAUACUGCGUCCACCACCACGACUGCCAGCACUCUCAGCGGAACCACAAGCACGUCGGCAUCGAGCACGAGUGCCACGGCCACCAGUGUGAGCGGGACUUCCACCACCGCCACGUCCGCCAGCACUCUCAGCAAAUCCAGCAGCACAUCGGCAACAAGUACAAGCCUCACAGUCACAAGCAUGAGCCAGAGUUCCACCACCACGAGUGCCAGCACAAUCACUGAAACUAGCAGCUCCUCAGUUACCCGUUCGAGCGUUUCAGCGACUUCUAGCACUGUCGUUACUUCAAGCGUGACCAGCAUCACAACACGCACAAACACAACAUCGACACGCACGAGCGAGACACUUACUGCCACAACUGGGAGCACUCAAAGUGGCACCAGAAGCAUGACAUCAUCUACAACGACCAUCACACCGACCACUGUCACGACAGGUACAUUGAGUACCACGACCGAGUCAAGUGCCACGACUCUGACCCGAACAAGUACCACGAUCACCAGCACAAAGUCUGUCCUUACCAGCACAUCCAGCCUUACCACGGACACAGGCACAUCAAUGACACCUACGAGCGAGACAUCUACCAGUACGUCAAGCAGCACUCUCAGCGGAACUAGCAGCUCAACGUUUCCUAGCACAACCUUAACAUCGACCACUGCUACAACGGAGACUGCGAGCACAUUGACCAUGUCCACUGUCACGGCAGUGACCCUCACAACUACUGCGACAACUGGGACGCAUUCGAGCCAGACAAACACAUCCAGCUUGACAACGCCUACCGUCACGACGACUACACGUACGAGCGGAACGUCAUCCACGACGACUGGAAGCACUCGCACUGAGACCAGCAUGACGACCGCCUCAAGCACAGCUGUCACAGUGACCUUUGCCACCACCGAGAGUAUGAGUGCAACAACAGAAGUCAAAUGUCACAACAGCGACCCACACAGCUACGACAAGCACCAGCAGAAGCUUCAGCCGAACCGGCACGUCCAGCACUACCACGGACACUGA